UGUUUUGCUGUAUAUUUUUGUUUACAUUUAAACAAAUUUACCUUAUAAGGAAAGGAGUACUAGUAUUAUAGAUAUACGUUUUAGUAGUGUUUUAUAUUGCCAUAUAAAUAAUGGCUAAGCGAUAGAGCUUUGGUAAACCUAUCUUCUAAUUAGUCCAUUUGUUAAUAUGUGAAUACUCAGUGUUUGGAUGUAAUUAGGAGGAUAGCCCGUUAAUUAAAAGAAAUGACGGGAUUCAGUGUGUCUGAACUCGUGGCGGGGCUGAAGUCCCGGCACUCGGAGACGAGACAUAAAGCUAUUCGCGAGCUGUUACACUUCGCGAAGACAGACUUGCGGGAGCUGUCCCCGGAGACGUUGGGGCAGGUGCUGGACGACUUCAACCAGCAGAUUCAUACGCUCACGUCCAGCUACGAUAACAAUGAGAAGAAAGCUGGAAUACUCACCAUUGUAUGUUUAAUUGGAGGGGAUACGGAAACAACAAAAACCAGGACCAUUCGCUACACCCAAUAUUUAAGAAAUGUCUUCCCUUCCACCGACAUUGGCAUUGUUGAGCUUGCAGCCAAAGCAAUGGGGCGAUUAGCUGCCACAUUGGGUGUAAAGAGAGGAGAGUAUGUUGAGCAGGAGAUGAAGAGAUGCUAUGAAUGGCUUUCAGAAGAAAGGAAUGAGGGGAAAAGGCUAUCUGCAGUCCUUAUUCUAAAGGAACUGGCUAUUGCUAUGCCAUCAUGGUUCUACCAGCAAAUUACUAAAUUCUACAACCAUAUCAUGAUAGCCUUUAGAGAUCCAAAAGAUCAGAUACGCGAAGCAGCAGCCAAAGCACUGAGAGCAGCUUUGGUGGUCACCGCUCAAAGGGAACUGCCAGAGCAGAUAAAUAAAGUUCAAUGGUAUUCUGAAUGUUAUGAAGAAGCUAUGACAUCUUUUACUGACCAGCCAAUAAGAGAGAAAGGUCUAAACAGGGAUGACCAUGUGCAUGGUGCAUUAUUAAUUCUGAAUGAACUCCUGAGAUGUUCCAACUCUGCCUGGGAAAAGCAGUACACAGCCCUGAUGCAGAAACUGGAUGCCGAGCAGGACACAUCUGAUGAGAUAAUGUCUCUGAGCACUAAGAUACAGACUUCAUGGAAUCCGCAACAUUUUUCAGAGGAGAAACAUCAAACUGUUAUCUAUGAGUCCAAUAUUUGUAAACAACUUAUUACUGAAAAAUAUGAAAAGAUUUGCUCAGAUGUUAUGGCACAGCAAAUAUCUAGAGCUCACAAUGUCCAUCAAAUGCUGUUGCUAAUGAUACCUCGAUUGGCUGCAUUUACCAGAGAAGUGUUUUCCAAAAGACAUCUUAAAUCCACCAUCAACCACCUCAUUACGUUUUUAAGAGGAAGAGAAAAAGAAAGGGCUAUGGCGUUUACUACUUUAGGCCUCAUUUGUGUAGCAGUUGAGACAGAUAUCCAGACAUACUUAGGUAGGAUUAUUGAGAUUAUUAAACUAACUUUACCGCUGAAAGAGACUCCUAAGAAGCGAGUAGGGUCUGACACACCCUUGUUUAACUGUGUGACUCUAUUAGGCUUUGCUAUGAAGGAAAAUGUGGCCAAUGAAGUAAGAGAGCUGUUAGAUCCCAUGUGUGCCACAGGAUUGAGUGCUCAGCUGACAACUUGCUUUAAAGAGCUAAGUCAAAAUGUACCCUCAUUAAAGAAAGAUAUUACUGAAAAACUUUUGAACAUGCUGUCUUUAAUUUUGAGAAAAAAACCUUACGCUCCAAAUAGUUCAGAGCAGCAGAUCGUACAUUUAUUAUCUUCAGCAUUGCUGGUUGAGCCCCAUGACGCUAACAAACUAGUCUUAGCGUUACGCACCUUAGGCGCAUUUGAUUUCGAAUGGCACAAUACAUUGAUGAGUUUCAUAAGAAGAUGCACGGAUCAUUAUCUACUAAGUGAGCAACACGACAUCAGGAUGGAAGCUGUAAAGACGGCCGCGAAACUUCUUAUCAAAGCCAUCGAGCGAUGUUCAGUCACAAACUCGAGAACUCUCCAUAUGCUUAUUGAUGAGUCUUUAGGAAAACUUCUGGCUCUAGGUCGCUCAGAUUUUGACCAUGAAGUCCGAUACAGGGUACUGGAAAUAUUCACAAAUCCCGCGUUUGAUACAUAUUUGGCUGUAGAAGAACACCUAAGUUGUCUCUUUGUGGCUAUCAAUGACUCCAAUGUCGAGGUGAGCGAACUCGCGCUGUGCGUGGUUGGGAGACUCAGCAACAUUAAUCCGAGCUACACAACGCCCACGCUCCGUCAACUGUUUGUUCAGAUAUUGAUGGAACUACAGUAUUCAGAAUCAGCAAGAAACAAGGAACAGUCAUUGAGAAUGGUCAACAAUAUAAUUUCGCAUGCACCACGAAUUACGAGACAGUUCGUUGACACCAUAUUGAAAGUGCUCGUACCUAAACUUAGAGAAAAAGAGAGCAAUCCUACAAUGAUUUCGUCUAUUCUUAAAGCCAUCGGAGAUUUAGCGGAAGUGUACGGCGGUGGGCACGCCUUACACCAGUGGCUGCCAGAACUCAUCUCCAUUCAGCUUGAAUUGCUAUCAGAUCCCAAUCAACCAGAGAAGAGGAGUAUCGCUCUGUGGUCAUUUGGCCAAGUCAUCAGUGCUACCGGCCACGUGGUCACACCUUACAUGGAAUACCCUCAACUGAUGGACAUGCUCUUAAGCUUUUUGAAAUCGGAACAGCAGAGCAGGGACAGGCGCGAAACUAUUCGAGUCCUAGGUCUUCUGGGCGCCUUAGAUCCAUAUAAGCAUAAGGUUCAUCAGGGUUUGAUAGAUUUUCAAACAGUUUCGACUUUGAUACCCGCCAUCGAUGAGUCAGUGACUGCUGAUAACUUUGACUUGAACACAAAUGAGAUGUUGGUAAAUAUGUCGCCGAUAGUGCUAGAUGAGUUCUAUCCAGCCGUUGUGUUGACAUCCCUAAUGCGAAUCCUGAGAGACCCUUUACUGGCCCAGCACCACACAAGCGCUGUACACUCAGUAACCUUCAUAUUCCAGUCGCUUGGCAUUAAAUGUGUUCCAUACAUAUCCCGCGUCACGCCGAGCCUCUUAUACGUCAUACGCACAACAGAGAGCGCUAACUUCCGUGAAUUCCUCUUUACCCAGUUGGCGCAACUGAUAACGGUCGUUAAAAUACACAUUCGGAACUACUUGGAAGAAAUUUUCAAUAUUAUCAGGGAGUAUUGGACUCCAGACACUCCUCUGCAACCGACGCUGAUAAUGCUCGUCGAACACAUAACAGUCGCCAUCGGAACAGAGUUCAAAGUCUACUUGCGGAAAAUAUUGCCAAAUAUUCUGCGUAUCCUCAGAUACGACAGGAGCAAAGACAAGUUCCUGACUGAAAAACUGCUUUUAACUAUUCAAAAGUUCGAGAAUAAUCUGGAUGAUGUGCUUUUGUCGAUAGUACCAGCAAUUACUGCUUUGUUUGAUGGCAGGAACAUUCCGCAAUCUGUUUCGAAGCUAGCAAUGGAGACAAUUGAGCAUCUAUCCAUGUACUUGUACUUCAAGCCUUAUUCUGCGACAAUAAUUCAAGCAUUAGCUCGCGUUUUGGACACCAACCCGCCGUUGAGACAAACGGCUAUGAACACACUGUGCGCUCUCAUCAUUCAGCUCGGGCGGGAGUAUGUCGACUACAUACCUUCGAUGGAAAGGCUCAUGAUGAAGCACAGAAUUCAAUGUCCACAGUACAUCGUGUUGAUUACGCGAUUGCAAGAGGUUUCUACUCUGGCCUGCGAUGAUGAUUACAUGGAUGAGACUCGUAUGCGCCUUAGGAAGAAAGAUGUGGUAGCUACGAACGAGAUGCAGACGAUGCAGAAGCUGUCAGUUAACCUGUACGAGCUGCGGAAGAGUUGGGCAGUCAGCAGCCUCAUCACUAAGGAGGACUGGUUGGAGUGGCUGCGGGAUCUGAGCGUCACCUUCCUUAACGAGUCCAACAGCCCCGCCAUCAGGGCAUGCUCCAUCCUCGCCCAAAACUACCCUCAACUCGCGUACGACCUGUUCAACGCGGCGUUCGUGUCGUGCUGGACGGAGCUGGGCGAGCAGUCCCGGCGCUCGCUGUCCAACGCGUUGGAGAGCGCGCUGGCCGUGCCGGACGCGCCGGAUGUGGCGCUCGCUGUGCUCACGUUGGCGGAGUUUAUGGAGCAUUGCAAGAAGGGAGAACUGCCGAUAUCGAUUAGAUUGUUAGGAGAUACGGCGAUCAAUUGCAAAGCUUACGCGAAAGCGUUAUAUUACAAGGAAGAAGAGUAUCGCAACAAUCCGUCUACUCAAGUGGUUGAAGCCCUCAUACACAUCAACAACAAGUUACAACAGAAAGAAGCGGCCAACGGUUUGCUAGAAAAAGUUAUCAUGCAAAAGAAGGAUGGCGACUGCUCUCUAAACGUACAUGUCCGCUGGUACGAGAAGCUUCACAACUGGGACCAGGCUUUGGAUCUCUAUAAUAAGAAGUUAGAAGUCGAACCACAGGAUGACGAGUCGAAACUAGGCCUUAUGAGGUGUUUGGAAGCGAUGGGAGAGUGGCGCAAACUGUACAACAUCACAUCCGAUCAAUGGGACACCUUAUCUGAUGAAGUCCGAAAGAAAUCAGCUAAAAUCGCAGCGGCAGCUUCCUGGGGCCUUCAAGAAUGGGAUGUCAUGAAGAAAAAUGUUGAUUGUAUACCGGAGGACACUCAAGAAGGCGCUUUCUACAGAGCUAUAUUAGCCAUCCAUGAGAGCCAAUGGCCCGAGUCUAGGCAUUACAUCGACUUGGCCAGGAGUCUGCUUGAUACGGAGCUAACGGCAGUAGUUACCGAAAGUUAUCAGAGAGCUUAUGGAGCGCUAGUCAACGCGCAGCUGCUGACAGAACUCGAAGAAGUCGUCACCUACAAACUGGUAGAAGAACGGAGAAGCACUAUCCGUAAAACAUGGUGGUCGCGCCUGCAAGGCGGUCAGAGACUGGUUGAAGACUGGAGGAAAUUGCUGCAGAUAAGGAGUCUUGUCCUAAGUCCACGCGAAGAUUUCCAAACUUGGCUGAAGUUUGCAUCUCUUUGCCGGAAAACAGGGGCCCUAAGUCAGGCUCAUAAAAUUGUUUUAUCUAUAAUUGGAAGCGACCCCAUUAACAACCCAGAUGUUCUAUUGCACAUGCAGGAUCCUAGGAUAGUUCUCGCUUACAGUAAGAAUCUCUGGGAAGCCGGCAAUAAGAGAUACGCCUACGAUAUUCUACAGAGGUUUUUGGAUAAUUCUGAACCCGAUAAUGAAGAGCAAUGUCGUCUGCUCGCGCGCUGCCAUCUCAAACUUGGGUCUUGGUGCGAAUCCCUUCAAGAGAUCAACGAGCUAUCCAUCCCAGAGAUUCUCAGGAACUAUUCCGCUGCUACUAUUCUAGCCCCCGAAUGGUAUAAAGGCUGCCACGCCUGGGCAUGUAUGAACUUUGAGACUGUCUUGUUUUACAAACAACAGGAUAAUAUCUCCGAAAGCAGCGUAGCUGGAGGUUCCAGUGAGAAGAAAGUAUCUAGAGCAGACUUCAUAAACACACACACGAUACCUGCUAUCGAAGGGUUCUUCAAGUCCAUCAGCAUAUCCAACGGGAGCUCUCUUCAAGACACUCUAAGACUGCUAACCCUAUGGUUCGAUCACGGGCACAACCCUACAGUUUACGACGCUUUAUUCGAAGGCAUACGGCAGAUCGACAUAAACAUAUGGCUGCAAGUUAUACCACAGUUGAUCGCCAGGAUAGACUCGCCAAGAAGUUUGGUGGCAAAGCUAGUCCAUAUACUGCUGAUAGAUAUAAGUAAACUGCAUCCUCAAGCUUUGGUGUAUCCGUUGACAGUAGCGACAAAGUCUUCGUUCGUGACGCGUAAGAACGCGGCACAUUACAUCCUGAAGACGAUGUGCGUGCACUCGCAGAACCUGGUAAAUGAAGCCGCAAUCAUAUCCGAGGAGCUGAUCAAGGUGGCCAUAUUGUGGCACGAUCAAGUGUUUAUUGCGUUGGAUGAAGCGUCAAGGCUAUAUUUCAGCGAGAAGGACUACAAAGGCAUGGCGCGCACACUAGAGCGUAUGCACGCCAUGCUAGCACGACCCCCGCAAUCCCUGAAGGAGGUUUCGUUCCUACAGAUGUACGGGCGCGACCUGGACGCGGCGCAGCGGUGGGGCGAGAUGUACAAGGAAUCCAACGACGACCGCCACCUCAAUGAGGCAUGGGACCUGUACUACCAUGUGUUCCGCCGCAUCACAGCGCAGUUCCGCUCCCUCGCCUCGCUCGAGUUGCAAUACGUCAGUCGGAAACUGCACUCGUGUCGGGACUUCGAGCUGGCUGUACCCGGCUCGUACGUGCCCAAUGAGAAGAUUAUCAGGAUCUCGCAUAUACAUAGUCAUUUGCAAGUAAUAAAGUCGAAGCAGCGCCCCCGCCGCCUCACCAUCGAAGGAUCCGACGGCAAGCAAUACAUGUUCCUACUGAAGGGCCACGAGGACUUACGGCAAGACGAGCGCGUCAUGCAACUGUUCGGGCUCGUCAAUGCUUUACUACAAGCAGAUACCAACACGUAUCGACACGACCUCGCCAUACAGAGAUACGCCGUGGUACCGUUGUCACCCAACUCCGGGCUGAUCGGUUGGGUACCACAAUGCGAUACCCUGUACAACCUCAUCAUCGACUACAGGGAUAAGAAAAACGUCAAGAUGGGCCUGAACACCGAGCAGCAGAUUAUGCUUAGGAUGGCGUCGGACUUCCCCAAGCUCAUGUUGAUGCAAAAGGUGGAAGUGUUUGAGCACACUCUCUCCCAAACGCCAGGCAACGACCUGGCGCGCCUGCCGUGGCUGAAGAGCCCCUCCGCCGAGGCGUGGUUCGAGCGCCGCACCAGCUACACGCGCUCGCUCGCCGUCAUGAGCAUGGUGGGCUACAUCCUCGGGCUCGGAGAUCGACAUCCGUCCAACAUCAUGCUGCACCGAGUCACAGGCAAAGUUUUGCACAUAGACUUUGGCGACUGCUUCGAGGUCACGCAGACGAGAGACAAGUUCCCGGAGAAGAUCCCCUUUCGGCUCACGAGGAUGCUUAUCAAUGCGAUGGAGGUAACCGGCAUCGAAGGCACCUACCGCUUCACCUGCGAGGCCGUGAUGCACGUGCUGCACAAGCACCGCGACAGCGUGAUGGCCGUGCUCGAGGCCUUCGUCUACGACCCGCUGCUCAACUGGCGCCUCGUCGACAACGACCGACACUCCCUCACCGAGUCUACCUUCUCAUCCGACAUAGACUCCUCUCUUUCACUCCCGAGCAGAUCUAGAAACCAUCUACACUACGAAUCUGUUGAAAUACCGCCAGAAGCUAACCUCAACAAGCGUGCGCUAUCUAUACUGAACAGGAUCAGAGACAAAUUGACAGGUCGGGACUUCCCACAGAUAGAGGCGGUGGUGAGCGUUCCGAAACAGGUAGAUCUACUCAUUAAAUUAGCCACGAAUAAUGAGAAUCUAUGCCAGUGUUAUUUGGGCUGGUGUCCAUUCUGGUAGUUUUUAAAAUUUGUUAAUAACAGUUGUCUUGUGUCAAGUGUAAUUGUUAUAGGAGUGAACAAGCCAGUUUGUAGCAUAAAAUGCAAUAUGGCGGCUUGUGGAUAACUACCGAUAAUUCUUCACCGAAUGCUCCUUCUAAUCCGAUAUAGACUUUUCUCUUUCCCUCCCGAGCGGAUCUAGAAAUCAUCUCCACUUAUGAAUCCGUAGAAAUAUUACCAGAAACUAACCUAAACAAUCGCGCGCUAUAAUCUAUACUCAAUAAUGAGAAUCUAUGCCAGUUCUAUUUUGAUCUGGUGUCCCUCUACUGGUAGUUUUUGAAAUUUGUAAAUAAUGGUUAUCUUGAAAGCAUGCUAUUUUGUAUAAAUAUAGUAAAGCAUCGAUGAGGUAACAAAAAAAUCUGGUAACCAAAUUUUCACAUUAUGGAAGUUAUUUAAUAGAGAAGGAUUCACUGUAAGUAACUGGUUGUUUGUUUAGAUCACUAAAUAUGAGAUGAACAGCAUUUGUCAGAUUUAAAUAUUAAGAUUACUAAUUCAAUGUUCUUUUCUGUAUUGUAAAUUGCUUUAAUUUCGUCAUAAAUAUUAUACCUGUUUUAUUAUAUAUGAGACACCUGUUACUGCCGUGUUAAGUAAGACUGAUAACAUAUUAUUUUAUUUAAAUUAGUAAUUAUCAAAAUCCAUAAUUGAUUAAUUGCAUAUACAAUGGUACGAAUAGUUUUAUUGAAUUUACUAUCGUUAUAAUUGGCGAAACAGGUAAUUCUUCAAGAGAUAUGUUAUGUUAAUAAGCCAGCUAUAGCUUUCCUAUACAACUUCUUCUUUGCCAUGGUCGUUAUUUGGGGUCGGCCCAGCUUUCCUAUACAACUAAAGUAUUGUAUUGAAAUAUGCUGAUUCCACGUGGGGGGCUAACAAGGAUUCAUUAUUAAUAUUAUUAUUUAUUUAUUUAUUAUCAUUAUGACGACCGGUCUGGCCUAGUGGGUAGUGACCCUGCCUGUGAAGCCGAUGGUCCUGUGUUCGAAUCCCGGUAAGGGCAUUUAUUUGUGUGAUGAGCACAGAUAUUUGUUCCUGAGUCAUGGGUGUUUUCUAUGUAUUUAAGUAUUUAUAUAUUAUACAUAUAUAUCGUUGUCUGAGUACCCAUAACAUAAGCCUCCUUGGGCUUACCGUGGGACUUAGUCAAUCUGUGUAAGAAUGUCCUAUAAUAAUUAUUUAUUUUAUUAUACUAUCGAGGCACAUCUAUCGACACCCCAUACCUUAAAAUGUUUUUCUAUUUGAAAAACAUUACACACUUUUACUUUUACACCAGUCCAGUAAAUAUGAUUACGGAAAUAGGACCGUGCCGGUAUUGUUAUGAUUGCAGUAUUUUAUGAUCACUUUUCCUUCCAUUGUAUACUGGUAAUGGCUUAUUGUGAGACUUGAUGUAUCGAUCUUUUAUUUCAACUACAGUGUUAUGUUUUCGUUGAGUCAUCGCUGGGGAUUCCCCCAGGUUAGGGAAAAGCGUUUUUUUAAAUUUUAAUUUAUUACUGGCCACAUUGAUGAGCUCUGUAGUUUUGUUUAAGUUAAGCAAUUAUCACACUGAUGCGGUAUUAUAAUGCGGUGCCACUGUGAUAACCGCCGUAUACACGGUGUAUCACGACCCACUGAAAACCUAAAAACAGUUUGUUCAGAAUCGAUAGGAGAAUCGAUUGCGCUAUAUUUUAAUGGGUGGUAUUAUUUUUUUUACAUGCUUAGUCUACAAGUUUGUAAUGCAAAUGCAACAAUAUCAAUAACUAGCAUUUGAUACGUUAUUUGUCAAUAAGCCUGGCCAUUGGUAAACCUUAUCUCGUUGCAGUAAGGUAUGAAAAUGGUCAGUUAACAGUGUUUGCGAUGGUAACUAGCAAUUGUUUGACGUCACUAAAACGACGAAGUAUCUUGUGUAGAAUCACCAGUCGAAUAGAAUUGUUAAGAAAACUUAACAACGAAUAUUUUUUUAAAUAUUUAUCGGAUUAAAGAAUAAAUACUCAAGAUGAGUUAAAAAAAAAACUGUUGGGGUGUCUCAGGUUUUCAGUGGCUCGAGUAACACAGUGUAUAGUUGUAAUUUUAUCAACAAUGUGCUAACGCCUUGAUGAGAUGAUAACGGUUGGAAUCAAAGAAUUAUUGGAUAUUACCUAGUCGAAAAGAAAGGAAAUGCAUUGUUGUUUAUACUUUUAUUAUUAGAUAUGUAUAAGAUUUAUUUAAUGUACAAAAUUGUAAUACGAAAUAUGACAAAGUCUUUUAUCUUUGUUUUAAUAUUUAAAGUUUU